AUGUGCGGGGACACGGAGCACUGGAGCCGGCAGGGAGCGGAGGCCGCCGCCUGUGUUACCCUCCCGGGCUCUCCGCGGCUCCAGCUCCUCCCCGCAGCGUCCAAGCAGCUUCCUGCGGCCCCACCUUGUGGGAAAGAGCCCUGGGAUGGGGACGAGGGCCGGGAAGAGAGGGAACGAGCCCCCGCAGCGGAGCCAUCGGGCCGGAUCCAGCCGGAUGUGCAGAACGUCAGGCAGAGCGGGAGGACUGUGGCGGAGAUCCCGGGGCCUGCUCCGGCCUCCUCCGCCACAGACGGCGACACACGAGACCGCGCCAGCAGCCGCCGCCGCUCGCUCCUCCCCCCCGAAGCGGCCGCCAAGUCCAAGAAGCAGCCGAGGAAAUCCGCCGCGGCAGCAGGGGGCGCCAAGAAAAGCAAGAAGCCGUCCGGUCCCAGCGUGUCCGAGCUCCUGGUCACAGCCGUGUCCGCCUCCAAGGAGCGCAGCGGGGUGUCUCUGGCCGCCCUGAAGAAGGCUCUGGCUGCCGGAGGAUGCGAUGUAGAGAAGAACAAUAGCCGCAUCAAGGUGGCCAUCAGGGCUCUGGUCACCAAGGGGACCCUCACCCAGGUGAAGGGCAGCGGCGCCUCCGGCUCCUUCAAGCUCAACAAGAAGCAGCAGGAGACCAAGGACAAGGCGGCGGCCAAGAAGAAGAAGCCGGCGGCGGCCAAGAAACCUGCAGCUACUGCGGCCAAGAAACCCGCUAAAUCCCCGAAGAAGCCCAAGAAGGCUCCGGCCAAGAGCCCGAAAAAGGCUAAGAAACCAGCCGCGGCCAAGAAAGCAGCCAAGAGCCCCAAGAAGCCGAAGGCUGCCCCUAAGAAGCUGGCCAAGAAGGCGGCCAAACCGAAGGCUGCCAAGAGUCCGGCUAAGAAGGCGGCCAAGAGUCCGGCUAAGAAAGCGGCGAAAGCCAAGAAGAGCGCGGCCAAGAAGUAA